AUGUUCCUGAAACAUGUCUUUGUUACCCUCCUGACUUUGGGUUCAUUUCUGCUGACACCGGUCCUGGCUUUCCCUGGCGACUCCGACUCAGAGGACAGCCUUCCACCCAGUGCAGGGCUUUCACCCCUCCUCAAAACCCUGCAGAGAAUUGAAAUAUCCGGGAUCAAGCUUGAUCGAACCCUGACGACAUCGGAGAUCACGGCUGAAACUCUUCAAACCAUCCGGCAAUUGACAGAUGAAAUCGAGGGCAUCGUGGCCCAAGCCACCACUGAGGCACACGCACUCGACGUGCUGGACCCGUUCCGUAGCUCGAAACUGACCAAGAGCGCUUUGCCCAUGAAGCCGGUGCUUGGCCAUUUACUGAAUGUGAUUGUGGAUGUGAAAGAGGAGAUUUGCGCCGCCGACUUUUGCCAGGACAUGCAGGAUUUCCUCACUUGGAUGCGCAUUCAUUGUCACGAACUAGCCGAAUCACUGCGUGGGAUUCUGCAGUUUGGGGAUGGGAAACUUAUUGAAAUUUGUGCAGAUCUCGUUGAUAAGCAAUACGCCCUGACCAUCACUCAGUAUGAGAAGAUCAUCCGAUCUGGGAAAGGCAAGGAUAAGAUGGACGAUUGA